AUUCCCCCGUAUCGCGUAUCGGGAGAUACACACUAUAGACGCUAUAAACGCUAUAAAGCCGCGCAUCAACAACCUACAAUUAUCACUACGACUUCACCUCCUCCAUCCGUCUUCCCACUACCCACCCUAUUAUUUACAUUAUUUACUAUCUAGUUAAUAAGAACCUGUACACCCUAAUCACAACGGCUGAGGAGUAUACGGACUUGAUCUGAAUACUCCUUGCGUCUGGAAUUCACCUACACCACGAGACCACCCACUACCCGUCAAACGACCAAACCACAGACAAACCACCCUCUCUACAACCCCCAGGACCCUCCACGGUCAUGCUUCCUCCAGUCCCCGUCCUCAGCGAUUACGGAAUCUCGCCCGAAAAUGGCUUCCUCCCUGAUCGUCUGCCGCUGCAACACCUGCCCGACCCCUACUAUAACAAGUGGGAGUCCAUCGUGGCCAACCUGCAGGCUCUGCUCCUGAGCAAGCGCCUCCGCGGCAUCAUCCACGAUCUCCCUGUCCUCACUACCACCGGUCUGGAAGAUGAAUCCGAGUGGCAGAGGGCAUACAUGAUUCUGGCCUUUAUGGCACAUGGCUAUAUCUGGGGUGGUGAAACACCUUCAGAGCGAGUCCCGCCAUCAAUCUCCAUCCCGCUCCUCGCAGUGGCCGAGCACCUCGACAUCCCCCCCGUAGCCACCUACGCCGCCGUAGUCCUCUGGAACUUCAAACCCCUCUUCAACAGCGAGCCCAUCGAGAACCUCGAGAACCUCUCCACCCUCCUCACCUUCACCGGCUCCCUCGACGAAUCCUGGUUCUACCUCACCUCCGUCGCCAUCGAAGCCCGCGGCGGCCCCAUCGUCCCCCUCAUGAUCUCCGCCAUGACCGCCGCCCGCGAAAAAGACGCCCCCUACGUAACCAUCUGCCUCCGCUCCUUCGCCUCGCGCCUCGACGACCUCAGCGUCCUCCUGGUGCGCAUGCAUGAAAACUGCGACCCACACGUCUUCUACCACCACAUCCGCCCCUUCCUCGCCGGCUCGCAAAACAUGGCCGAAGCCGGCCUCCCCAACGGCGUCAUCUACGACACCGGCUCGGGUACCGACACCUACAGCCAGUUCAGCGGUGGCAGUAACGCGCAGAGCUCGCUGAUCCAGUUCUUCGACAUCGUCCUGGGCAUCCAGCACCGACCUACGGGCCAGAAAUUUGAUAAGGCGCACUCGGAUCAGGAGGGCACCGCGCCGCCGCCAAAACACAAUUUCAUCCACGACAUGCGCCGCUACAUGCCCGGCACGCACCGUCGCUUCCUCGCGGACGUCUCGCUUUGCGCUAACAUCCGCGAUUUCGUCGAGAGUAGCAAGGUCGACACCGAGUUGAUGGAGGCGUAUGAUUCGUGUCUUGCCAGUUUGCAGAAUUUUAGGGAUAAACACAUCGCCAUCGUCGCCCGCUACGUCGUCAUGAAGUCCCGUGAGACUCCGCCCUGGACACGCGAUGAGAGCAUCAAGCACCGUCAGAACCUCGCCUUGUCAUCCUCCUCCAAUAACGAGGACGGCAAGAAGCUGCGCGGGACGGGGGGGACGGCGUUGAUGCCUUUCCUCAAGCAGGCGCGUGAUGAGACGGUGGAGCCGGCGAUUAGGCCGUGGAAGAGGAAUGUGGGCGGGGGGUUUGGGAAGGUGAAGGGCGAGUCGGUUGUGAAGGCGGCGCCGGUGACGGAGGAGAAGCUGGAGAAGACGAAGAGUCAGCCGGAUUUGGAUUUGCAGGUUAAUGGGCUUGCGGGGGAGGCGGAUGUGGAGGCGGAUGGGGUGGAGGGUGGGGGGUUGUGCCACUAUUAAAAAGAUGGAUGGACAAAACAGACGGACAGACGGACAAAAGCCUGGAUCUUAGUUGGGAAAAGGGUCGCUGUUGUGGUUUUGGAUGAAAAGUAAAUGUCACGAGGUUUCGUUGGUCGAUAGGGAGGGAGGGCUUUUUUUGAGCAACGUCGUGCUUUUUUUAGGUUGUUCAGGAUAGCAAGACCAUGACGAAGUUAAGUCAUGCUGCUCUAUAUAGAUGUUACGGCGACGCACAUAGUUGGUUCGAAGGGUGGCUGACACUCAGGUCAACUCUGUGGUUGUUCCAUCAGAUCGAUGAUGGAUGGGUAUAUGAAUUUGGAUGAGAAAUGAUGAGAUAUACCUACUUUACUGGUCUUUCUGUUAGGGUGCAAUUGAAUGCCCGCUGUAAUUUGACCAGCGCCAAUUGAUUGACCAGCCUCAAUAUUCUCGUCGAUUAGAAUAAUCUAUGCCAUCAGAACGCUUUCCCAGUCCCAGCCCAGCAGCAAAUUUAAAAUCCCACACCGAAAACCCGAGCGGUCAAGACACCCAGCACAACAGCCCAUCAAUCAACCCCACGGACUGCCUUGCCGGGGUCUCACAAUCCCUAACACACCCUCUCGGCGGUUACCCCGCCGUCUGCGUUCCUGCACAUCUAAACUCCCCACCAUGCAGUUCCAUAUAG